GGAAAUGAGCUCGAUCGGAGAAGGAAACCGCCCAAGGGGCCUGUUCUCAAUGGGUACCUCUAACUUCCGAAAGGCUGGAAGACAUGGAUACUCAUUCCUUCAAGCCAUCAAGCCGUAUUUGAUUGGUGUGAGGCCGUCUGGGAAUGAGAUCCGGGGAUUAUGGUUGGUCCCAUGAGAAUGCGAAUGGCUUGAGGAGGCCCCGCGAGCCCAAAAAAGUAAAGAGACGAAAAAAGAGAAGAAAAAUAAUAAUGAGAAUGGAAAAAGCGCAAAAGGAAAAAAGAAAAAUAAGGAAAGAAAGGCCUCUCCGGGAUGACCAAAUCGGAGUGGAUUUAUCCCCUGCAGGAACCACGCAGGGAUAUCUGCAGCGAGAACGUUGAGGGGUUUCCAGGAAAUUUCGUAUCUAAGUGGAUAAAAUGAAAGAAUAAAAUAGUCAGCCCAUUUUUCCUUGCUGUCGUAUGCAUU